AACAACAACAACAACAACAACACUUCAAGUCUGCUCAUUGCUUCCAGCAUUACUCACUUCUACAUAUAAAAAUAGAAAUGCUUCUUCUGCUUCUACUCCUGCCCUUGUCUGCCAUGUUGCAACCAUCUCUAGGACAGCACCCAGGAAUAGCAACAGAUCUCCCUGAAAAAAUACAGAAUGAAAUUGUUGACAAAUUUAAUGCUAUCAGGAGAGGAGUGGAACCACCUGCUAGCAAUAUGGUGAAAAUGAAAUGGAGUGAUAAAGCUGCUGAUAAUGCUAAAACAUGGGCUAAAGAGUGCAUUGCAAGAGCCGCUCCACAAGAAAAGCGAAUUAUAGAUGGGGUCUUGUGUGGGGAUAACAGAGUCCGGUCAACUUAUUCAACCUCCUGGUCAGAAAUAAUUGACUUGUGGAAUCUAAAAUCAUCUAACUUCAAGUAUGGAAUUGGAGCAAUUGACCCCAAAAAAGACAUAUAUGGUUACACUCAGAUGAUUUGGCAUAAUUCAUAUCUGAUUGGAUGUACAGUUGCCUUCUGUCCAGAAGAAGAGUACAAGUUCUUAUAUGUUUGCCGUUUCUGCCCUGCUGGAAAUACAAUAGAAGAAAUUGCAACACCCUACAAAGAAGGCCCACCCUGUGGAGACUGCCCUGAUGAUUGUGAGGACAGACUUUGCACCCAUACAUGUGAGUAUAUGGACACCCGUGAAGACUGUAAAACAAUGGUGCUAAUGUUUCCCUGUGAUCAUCCGUAUAUUCAAAACGUUUGUGCUGGCACCUGCAAAUGCCCGCCGGGAACUGUAUAAACAACUGAACAGUACACAAGGCAUGUUUUAAUGAAAGCAGAUGGAAGUUCAGGAUUAAAAAGAAACUAUUUCUCACCUAA